GUAUAAAAAACAUAGUUUCGAUUUCCCAUAAAUUUUUUCAGGUACUCAUAAAAGUUCUAAUCGAACCUCGUCUUCUCCAACCACGACUACCUUCGCCUUUCAAAGCUUGGCUUUCCAUCGCCUCGUCGUCGUCGUCGUCGUCUCCGUUCGUCUUCCGCUCACGGGCUUCUUCUCUCUUUGGGGUAAUGCUCUGCACAGUAUCUGCACUUAAUUGGCGGUUAAACUUAGAGACUAUAGGCAUCUGCUUUCCAGCUGAUGAUGGAUUCAAAUAAUUUUACUGAUCCUGAUACCUCUGGCACUUCUAAUGGUAGAGGUGAAGAAAAUGUCCCAGAGUUGCUGAACACUGUUCCGGAUGAAAAUAACUUGACAGAGAGUACAUCUCAAACAACUAUUCCCAUUGGGGAUAGUAUUGAGGAAGUUGACAUGGAUAUUGAGGAGGAGGAAGGCCAAUAUUCACCAAUAGUGAAUGUUGAGGUUGAAGCACAGCAAAAGGAUUCUGCUUUAUCACAAAGUUCAGAGCUUACUACAUCUGUGACAAUGUUGGAGAAGGAAGAUCCUCAACAGGACCAGGAGAAUGGCCAUGCAAUUAUCCAAAAUGGUAAAUCCAGGGACAACUUUUUGGUUGAUGAACGCGUUAUAACAGGAGCUAAGCGAGCUAGAAUUACAUAUGAUGAUCAGCAACCAUCUGUACAUGUAGUUUAUAAAUCCUUGACAAGAGAAAGCAAGAAAAAGCUCAUGCAGCUUAUGCAGCAUUGGUCUGAGUGGGAGGCUCAGCGUCAAUCUUCUUCUGAUGUGUCUUCAGAGGAGGCUUUUGAGUCUGGCGAAGAGACAUACUUUCCAGCACUUAGCUUAAGAUCAGGGAGGUCAUCUACUGUGUCAUUCUGGUUGGACAACAUGAAAAGAAAAGAAGAAAUCAAUGACAUCCAAUUAGAAAAUGAGUCAGUUCCUCUUUAUGACCGGGGAUAUACGUUGGGUUCAACUUCACUUGAUGGUUCAACAAAUUCCAACUGGAUCGAGACACCAGAUACUUCGCGAUGUUUUAACUGUGGUUCAUACAGUCAUAUGCUGAGGGAAUGCCCAAGACCUCGCAACCGAUAUGCAAUCAGUAAUGCUCGCAGACUACAUGGCUCAAAACGUAAUCAGCCUUCUGGUCCUCGUGUCCAAAUUAGGUAUUACCAGAAAUCUUCUGGGAAGAUUGAUGAUGAUAUCAAACCUGGAGUUCUUGGAACUGAAGCAAAAGAAUCCUUGGGUAUUAGGGAAUCCGAUCCACUUCCUUGGCUACACCGAACUCAAGAGCCGGGACAUCCACCAGGAUAUCUAGAGGGAGCUGAAGAUGAAGAUCAGCCUUCAGGAAUCACAAUAUUUUCUGAAGAGGAGGAGAUAAAAGAAGAGUAUGAAGAAGGGGAGCUCCCUGAAAAGGCUGAACCUGAAACACCGUUGAGAAAGAUGGCAGCAGAAUUCUCAGGGAUCAAUGCUCCUAGCCCUGCAAAUGCAAACCAGAGGCUUUGGGCAGUUCACUCUGGUGGAUUUCCAGGAUCCUACCCUUCCAAGCACCACAGGUUCUCUAGAUCAAGUCAUUCAUCAGAAUCCCAUGGAGGGCGCAGCCAUGAGAGGUGGUCGGAAGACCAUCGAGACAACAGAUUACCAUCUUCCGAUACGGGUGGAUACUACUCACCGAGGUACAGCCCUUAUGGUCAACAUCCAGCACUAAAUAGAUCAUUGUCUGAUAGAGAACGUGGGACUCCUCUGCCUGACAAGAACUCAGCCAAUCCAUUUACUUACCCACCACCACCGCCACCACCAGGCACCACUCGGCACUCAUCCUAUCACAGCCCGACAACCAGUGGCGAGCAUUGGAAAAACUAUAGCUCAUAUAACGGCAUCACCAGCCCGAGUGUUUCAUCACAACAGGCAAGAGACAGGCAUGAUCAUCAUUUUCGGAACCAUAGCCGAAGGUAGAUAUCACUGUACCAUUAAUGCUAUCUCUG